AUGAAGUAUCCUGGAAUCCUCGGUAGUUCGUUCGCGGGAACAGUCAUCGAAGUGGGCCCAGAUGUGAAAGACUUCGCCCCUGGUGAUAAGGUAGCUUGCAAUAGACCAGACUAUGGGUUUGAGGAUAGUCGAUAUGGAGCUUAUCAAAGGUAUGCUGUUGCUUCCGUGAGGGAGACCUCAAAGCUGGAGACGAAUACCUCUAUUGAGGAUGGCGCGGCGGUGAUUCUCAACCUUGCUGCUGCAGUCGCCGCCAUGACGAUACAUCUCAGGCUUGAUCGACCACCUUUGAAAGGCCAAGCGCCGUGGAAAGGGAAGAAGGUCUUGGUUUACGGAGGGUCUUCGAGCUGUGGCGGAUAUGCUGUCAGAUAUGCCGUCGAUGCAGGUUACGAUGUGGUUACCACAUCUUCGCCCAAGAACCGAGGUUUCGUACAAACUCUUGGUCCGAUUGCCGUAUUAAACCACACCGAAUCUUCCGACACGAUCGUGUCAGCUCUCGAAGCCAACGGUCCAUAUGAUGCCAUCUUUGAUUCGAUCGGUCUCCCCAGCGUCACUAAUGUGUUUCUCGACUACUUUGGGGACAAGGGUGGUGAGUAUGUUACCCUUCUACCGCCACUCGGAGGGGAGAAGCCGAUCCCAAGCAACGUCAAUCGGCGGUUUGGGUCAUACAUUCAAGCACUUGUUGAAGAAGCCAAUGAAGAACUUGGUCAGUGGUUCUAUGAGCAGUAUGUGCCACAAGCGCUAGACUCUGGUAGGAUCAUUCCAACGCGACAGAUCAGGGUAGAAGGGGGUCUGGGCAAAGUGCAAGAGUGCAUUAACCGCAUGGGUCCAGGGGGUAUUAGUGGUCACAAACUGAUAAUGCCAUUGUAG